AUGGCGGAAUUGGAGGUGCUCGAAGAGGAGGAAAAGACGCGCAGAUCCGGCGGUGAGUGGCCUACAGGCCCCAAACUGCCCCCAGCAGCGUGCAAUGCUGUCAUGGACUGUUUGCCCGGUUUUUGCUCAGCCAUCGCGAAAGCAAUGGCUGCGGCGCCAACGGCGGACCUGACUGCUUUGGAGCGCUCAGACAGCCCCAUGCAGGGCUUCUUCCGUGCAGUGUGCAUACAUGUACUUGGUGCUGCAUUUGGAGCCAUCUCGCGCGGCGUGCCGACCGAGGUGGAUGGAGGACGGCUUUUGGGUGGCAAGCCACUUUCGUUGGCAAUGGAGGCAUGCUUCGAAGUACAGCCGAAGUGCUGUUUGCGAGUGGAAGGAGCUUCCUUGCACUUGCUUACAUUUACUUACACUUUGAUACAAUUCUUUCCCGUGGUACAUGCAAUAAUUACUUCGUACCUGUAGUGAGAAAUCUUACCAACUUGAGGACAAGGUCAAAUUGGCGUCGUUGACAAGCUUGUAGCGGACGCUAUACUUCUUCGCCUGUCGAUGUGGUACAGGAAUUCUCGAGUGGCAAGAUAUGAACUUCCUCGCAAUUUCAAUUGGAUACAAACAAUAGGAAUAAAUGGCUCCGUAAUACUUAAUGAAUACUAGUAUUUUACAACGCCGCAUAUCACAACGAC